UUUUUUACAUAACAAGAAGAAGAAGACGACUCAUCGACCCCACCAAACCGGGAUCUGAAGAUUUAAUUGCAUUUUGACCGAAUAUAAUGGCCAGCACACAGUCCAACGAUGCCUGCAGCAUAUGCGACAAAGUGGGCCUAAAGCCCUUCACCCGGGAGAAUGUGUUCAACUACUACAUACCGCUGCACGGAAUAGUGAGCUACGGAGCCCUAGCGGUGAAUGUUAUGAACCCCCAGAUCGUACCCAAGAUCCUGCCUAAAAAGGACCUGACAAACGUCUUUUUAAUCUCGGCGGUAGUGGGCAGUGCCUUCUACAUCUACGGCAGACCCCACUUAAAAGACGUGAAGAACAACAAGCGGGGAGCUUACGCCCUUUUGGGAGCCACCCUGUUCUCUAUGGGAUCCGUUCUGGCCUGGGCGCUAAUCAAGUCCGCAUUGCCGCAAGAUAACGCCCUGCUGGCGACCCUGGCAGGACUGGGAACAGGAGCCGCCAUCGUCAAGGUCGGCACCGAUUACAUUCAGGACGUGGACAAGCUGCAGAAGAACUAGAUGAUCUAAUCGAUGGAACUGAAGUAUCCGAACCCAAACCGGGUUCGUACUGUAAUUGCUGUCUUGGCCGUACAUAGCUCGUAAUGCAAUAUUAUCUCCCGCAUAUUUGAAUAAAAUUAUACAAUAAACCCGA